UCGGGACAUGUGCAGAAGCGAAGAGGGCUCAUUGGGCAGGUUCUGCUCUGGCUGCUCCGGGAGCUUUUCCUGCUGCUGCUGCUGCUCAGCCGCUCCCGGGCUCUAGAAAUCGUUUCCCAUCCCAAAAUGCUCCGGUCGCUACAGCGGCUGGCUGAGAGGCGAGCGCUGCCUCCCUCGCCCGGGGCGUAGGGAGCCCGGAGGGACCCAGGCGGAGAGCGAUUUCAUAGCAAUAUCGGGAAAAGUUCCACUGUAGACCAUGCCUGUCCCUCCCCCUCCAGCUCCUCCGCCUCCCCCAACUCUUGCACUGGCAAAUACCGAAAAGCCUUCCUUAAACAGGUCCGAACAAGCGGGGCGAAAUGCUCUCUUAUCUGAUAUUAGCAAAGGAAAAAAGCUAAAGAAGGCUGUUACUAAUGAUAGAAGUGCCCCUAUUCUAGACAAACCCAAAGGAUCUGGUGGUGGUGGUGGUGGUGGCGGCAGUGGAGGAGGAAGUGGCGGAGGAGGAGGUGGUGGCGGCGGUGGUGGCUAUGGCGGAGGAGGACCACCUGGCUUAGGAGGCCUGUUUCAGUCAGGAAUGCCAAAGCUCAGAUCUGCAGCAAAUCGAGAUACAGAUUCUGGAGGAAACAGACCUCCCAUGCUACCACCAGGAGGAAGAACAACAUCUGCCAAGCCUUUUUCACCUCCAGGUGCCGUAGGGAGAUUUCCGGGGCCUUCUUUGGGGCAAAGAAGUACCGCUCCCGAACCACAGAGAAACCGAAUGCCACCUCCGAGACCUGAUUUUGGUUCCAAACCAGAUACAGGACCUCCUCCAGUGCCAAAUACUCCGAGACCCAUUCCAUCAAGUUUACACAACAGAGUAUCCCCUCCUGUGCCAGGAGUAAACAGGCAAACCAGUGCAGGGCCUAUCCCUCCAUCUUUCCCAGGAAACAGAAAUACAGGAUUUGGAGGAUCUAUUCGCCAGUCGAAUCCAAGUUCUUCACCUUCUUUCUCUAACAGACCUCCCCUUCCUCCUGCACCUGGCAAGUCAACAGAUGACAAGCCGCCGCCACCACCACCUCCAACAGGAAACAGGGCAUCCGUCAACCGGGAACCUUCUUUUCCACCUCCACCACCUCAAAACAGUAAACCUCCCGUUCCUUCAACACCUCGGCCAUCCGCUGUCUCACAGGCUCCACCCCUGCCUCCAGGAAGACCAGGCUUACCUCCAGUUCCACCCAUUUCCAGUGGAAAUGAUGACAUGCCACGUCUUCCACAAAGGAAUCUCUCUCUAGGUUCUCUUGCUCCUCCCAGCUUGCCUGGGGCAGGUCGAUCUGGGCCUCUUCCUCCCCCUCCAAAUGAGCGGCCUCCUCCUCCAGUAAGAGAUCCUCCUAGCAGAUCAGGACCCCUUCCACCUCCUCCCCCUGUAAACAGAAAUGGCAGCAUUUCACGGGCAUUGCCUGCUACUCCACAGCUGCCUUCCAGGGCAGGAUUAGAAAACCAGAGAGGUGGACCAAGGCCUCCACUUCCUCCUGACAGACCUGGUUCUGUAGCUCCUCCACCACCACCUCCUGCACCAUCAGCAAUCAGAAAUGGCUUCCCGGACUCGUCAUCUGAAGAUGAGUGGGAAAGCAGAUUUUCCUUCCAUCCGAUAUCUGACCUGCCACCUCCAGAGCCAUACGUUCCAAUGAACAAAAGUUACCCCAGUAAACUAGCAAGGAAUGAAAGCAGAGAUGGCUCUGGCCGAAGGGAAAGAGGUGUCCCACCGCUCCCACCUAUACCGAGAGGGUAUCAGGAGGAAUCUGAAGGAAAUUCCCUUCUUAGGAGAAAGCAAACGUUUUUUAGGCAUUGUGGUGAUUGGUGAAAUUGCAGAACUGCCUCUAAAUAUUGUACAUGAGCAAAGAAUGUUUGUUUAGUGCAUUUUAUAAACUGAUGUAAACAAAUGGAAAAAGACAUUGGAAAUCAUAGGAGGACUUUGAUUCUGGAUUUGAACGUGUCUGAUGAAUGUAUCUCUGUAAGCUGGACUUCUGAAAGUUAGCUUUGAAGAAUGACUUUCUUUCCAUCACCUCCCCACCAAUCUCUGACUCUCUCAACGUGCUCACUGGAGUCCCCAGGAAGUCCUCACUGGUGGACAUGUUUCAUACUGUGUUGCUCAUUAAAUCAAAAGAAGAAGCCAUGCAAGUUAGAAAUAUAUUGGGCAAAAUGCCGACAUCUCCUCCCCGCUUACCCCCCCCCCCCCAGCAGUGGAAAACAUGAUUCUUCAUUCAAUUCUGCGAGUUUUGUUACAGUAUGAUACUUUUGAGCCCAACACUUGAACAUCUCGGGGGGUUGGCAGAAGAGACUCUUCAAAAUGAACAUUGAACCCUAGGGAAAAGUGUGCAGUGGGACCUUCUCCAUUAUGUGACUAUGUAGUGGCAGAUCCCACCCUGCCUUACAAUCUGUGUAAUCCCACUGAUGAUAGGGUAGGAGAUGAACGUGAUGAGUACAGCUUUGCCUUUCCAGUAUGUUUACAAAGUCACGUUUGGAUUUUUUUACCUAUGAUAGUAUUUGAUAAAAUACAUUUUUUUAUAUUAUGAUAUCUCUGGGCCUGAUUCUGAGAUGCGUUCCAUGGACUUGAUCCUACGUUGAAAUACACACACACACACACACACACACACACAGAGGAUCAGAGCCAUGUGAGCUUCUUGCACAGAUUUCAGAAGAAGCUCCACCUGUGACAUGUAACUUUGGAUCAAGCCCGUCUGAUCUGUAAAUGUACUAACAUCACUUGUAAGCAUGGCACUUAAAAAACAAACAAACAAACAUAAGGGCUAUGAAUAUUGAAAGUCUGUAUGUGGCCCACUAUUGUGUGAGUCUAAAGUCCAAAGAAGAUUUAAAACACCUAGUGAUAUUUAUAGGAUAAAUUAUUGUAUUGAUGCUGUUAAACCAAAGCACUUAUGGCUUUCUGAGGAACGACAUCAUGGACUUGAGAAUACAAUAUUUUAAUGCAUCACCCUGCCAAGUCUUAAUGAAAUAUGAAUAGUUAUGCAGUGUAACAACUGAGAGCAACUCCAGAAGUUAUACAUUUUUAUAACUUAUCUACAUAUAGCAAGACAGUUUUACUUUGGCUGAAUCAAUGAAAAUGCUGUAUUUCAUUCCUGUAGCUGACUGCACCAUCCAAAAUACUCUCUAAUUCACUUCAUGAGCAGAAUUUCUCUAUAAUCAUAACCAAAGCCAUAACAAAUUAGCAGAAGUCUAAUUUUAAACUGUGAUGUGGGCUUCAGUGAGAGAAGCAAAGAAAUCCAAUCUGUUUGGAACUGUUUGAUUCUUAGCACUUUCUUUACUAGUAGAAAUUUUUUCAAUAUGUAUACGCUAAGCAGCCAUAAAACACCUUUGAGAAAUGAAAGUAAUCAUUUUUCCCUCAGAUAGUAAUAAAUGUAUGUCUUUUUGAUUGUAAAAUUCACCAAAUAUAUUAAAAAAGUGCAUCAUUUUAACAUUCAGUAUAUCAUUUUGUAUACAAGUAGAUAUUUACAAUAAGAUCAGUAUUACAAUAUUUAUUUCACUAUGCAUAGUGUUUAAAAAAGAUAAGCAUGAAACAAAACUGGUUAAUCCAAUGGUGCCUUACUAUAUUUUAACAAACCUUUGAUGUCAAAAUAGCAAUUACUGCCUUUUUAUAAAAAUUUUAGAUGUUCUGCUUUAAUGUCUAAUGUAAAAUACAAAACAGUGCUUAUAGUGUGAUCAUACAAUGUCUGAGCUAAGUGUUUGCAUUUGUAACGUGCUUGAUCCACUACUUUCAAAGGGAGUAGUGUGUUUGAAAAGACUGCUGGGUCAGGCCUUUAAUUGGAGUAUGAAUGGAAGUUUGCUUAAUUCCAAAUCAAUUUCUGAUGUUAAUGCAUUUGAAAAUAAUAGAACAGUUACCCCACAUGUUUACAGUCAUUGGACCAAUGUAUCUCUUCUAUUAUACCUGUACGAUCCAAUUAACUUCAGUGGGGCUGCGCAAGUAUAUUAGAAGACCACUGACUAGCUGUGUUUAGGAUUUAGUAUGUUUAUUUUGAUGGCAUGGUGUUUUAAACAUGCACUCCUUUAACUAUCUGUAUGUCAUCGCCUGAGACUCAAAUUGUGACAGAUGACCACUGAAACUCAUUUCUAUGCAAAUCAACCAGAUAAAUAAAAUCAGGGCUUUCUGUGUGA